UAGCCUACUGAUGAUGAACGUCAAUGAUUGAUACUUGAUUGGAUUUGGGGAUUUAGGUUAAAAAAAAAGGGUAACUUUGAACUGUAAGACUGAAAGUGAACAGUAGAAGAAGGGCUGAUUGAUGGUGAUGAAGUGCAGUGAUAAACUUGAUGAGACAGACUGGAGUCGAGUACAAAUCAGUGUUUUCUAUGAUAACCACGGCAUCUCCGAGUCAACCCUGACGAAAAAAUAAGUGUCAAGUUAAUUUUACCCGAAUCCAUGAUUGCAUCAAGCCAUUCCAAUUAUUUUAAUUUACACAAAGUAAACGAGAAGUCUUUCCUUUCUCUGUUGAUAUAAAAAUAGCUUUUCCAAUGUUUAUCACAUGACGUAGACUUCCGGUAAAUGUAAGCAGAGUUCUCUCCCAUUGAAAGUAGGUAAUCAUGUCGGACGUGGUAUUUUAGAUAAGAAAAUUAAUCUAACUCAAUCACCCUUAUUCUGGGUAGAUCUACAAAAUCUAAUUAAAUCAUCCGAUUCCUUAAUAGUUAUUGACAUUGUUGAAACAUUUAUCUAUUGUUAAAACCAGCCUUUUUAUCUUUAUUUUUUAGAUUCAAGAUGGGUCGCCGACCAGCUCGGUGCUACAGAUACUGUAAAAAUAAGCCUUAUCCAAAAUCUCGUUUCUGUAGAGGUGUACCAGAUCCUAAAAUUAGGAUUUUUGAUCUGGGAAGAAAGAAGGCACGAGUAGAUGAAUUCGCCAACUGUGUACAUUUAGUUUCUGAUGAAUAUGAACAACUUAGUUCUGAAGCUUUAGAAGCUGGACGUAUUUGUGCUAAUAAAUAUUUGGUAAAACAUGUUGGUAAAGAUGCUUUCCAUCUUAGAGUAAGAGUACAUCCUUUCCAUGUUGUCAGAAUCAACAAGAUGUUGUCGUGUGCUGGAGCUGAUAGACUCCAGACUGGUAUGCGUGGUGCCUAUGGUAAACCACAAGGAACUGUUGCUCGUGUCAAUAUUGGACAACCUAUCAUGUCUGUUAGAAGCAGGGACAACGCUGAAGGUCAUGUCAUUGAGGCUUUACGAAGAGCCAAAUUUAAAUACCCAGGCAGACAAAAGAUUUAUGUAUCAAAGAAAUGGGGAUUUACUAAAUGGUCUCGUGAAGAAUAUGACGUCAAAUUCAAAGCUGGUCAACUGGUACCUGAUGGUGUUACUGUACAAUAUAAACCAGAUCAUGGUCCACUCAAAGCCUGGAUGGAUAGAUACCGAAAACAAAAUCUCUAAAUUAUUUAAGAGAAUAAAAAAUAAAUAUACUUUG